UUAUUACUUCCAUCACCUUUGCUCAUGAUUCACUUCAUAUUUGUAGUUAUCGUAGUUCUCCUGGUGCGUUAGGGUAAAAAUAACUAGGCAGAGAGAUGUGGAUGGUAAUCCUAGUCAACCAAGUAAGAAAAUCGUAGUCCUGCUACAUAUUUUAGGAGAAAGAUUGAGCAGCAGCCAUAGAAAAGGAGAUGAUCGAAAAUAGUAGCAGGUUGUUUGAGAAGGAAAAGAAGAAGGUACGUGCAUAGAGUGUAAGAUUCCACCGAAAUCCGAUGGGUUGGGGUCGGUGUUGCAGCUACAUUUCAAAUUAAUCCAGCAAUUUACUUUGGAGUGGAGUCAUCAUCUAGUGAUUGAAAUCGUGAGGAACAGUUCUUCAUAUUUGGAACACUUGUGUAUUCUUAUUUCCUCAAGAGCAUUAUGCGGAGCUGGAAAAGUUAAUGAAUAAAUUUUGGUGGACUGGCUCAUCCGGGCGUGGUAUAAAGUGGAAGGAGUGGGCGGGAAUGAAUUCACCAAAGUCAAAGGGAGGUAUGGGUUUCCGAAAGCUUAAGGAGUUCAAUCUGGCAAUGAUAGGGAAACAAGUGUGGAAUUUUAUGCAAAAUCCAAACAGCUUAGCAGCUUCCAUUUUUCGUGCUAGAUAUUUCUCCAAAAAUUCUUUUUUAGAGGCUAAAGUUGGCCACAACCCUUCUUUUAUUUGGAGAAGUCUUUGGGAGGCUAAAGAGAUGGCUAAAAAGGGAUUGCGUUGGAGGGUGGGUGAUAGGAGUUUGAUUAAGGUUUGGAAAGAUCCAUGGCUACCGAAAUUAGAAAAUCCGAGAGUGGAGUCAGAAGUGGUGCACGGACGGGAAGACGUCAUAGUUUGGUUUAUUAUGUUUGGAGUCUCCUGGCUGGGACAUAGAUAUUAUUUCUGAAUUUUUUAAUCAUAGAGACAGUGAUGAUUCUUAGAAUUCCGGUGAGCUUGAGAUAAAUUCCAGAUAGUUUUAUUUGGCCUUGGGAAGAGCAAGGGCGUUAUACGGUUAAGAGUGCUUAUCAUUUUAAGACUUUCAGCGAAGCGGUGGUACAGAACUUUGCUUGGACAAACAUGUGGAGAUUACAUUUACCUCCAAAAGUGAAAGCCUUUUUUGGCAGCUGUGUUCUGGUUGCCUUCCGACAGCGGAUAAACUGAGAAUGAAAAGAGUUAAUUGUUCACCAAUUUGUGUUAUGUGUGCAGCAGAAAACAAAAGUGAUGAACACCUCUUUAUGGAGUGUUCAGUGACUUUUAUAGUGAACUUUAUAUUGGAACUUACAAGUUGCAGGGCAGUCUUUUGUGGUCUGGACAGAUGGACUUUUAGAUGCAGGUAUGAGAAUUUUUGCAGCAGCUUUGUCAUGUAUCUCUCGAGUAUUUGGAGAAGCAGAAAUGCAGCUGUUGCAAACUCCUCUCUGGAAGCUUGGCGACGAGCCCAGGUGGGGAGUUCAACGGCUAAACAGGUAGCUCCAGUUGCCUCGUUUUGGGUCAGACAUGAGGCAGGUUGAAAUAAGGUCAAUGUUGAAGAAGCUGUCCAUCGCGGGUCUGGUGCUAUUGGACUUGGAUGGGUUGCCAGAGAUAACGAAGGAUUGUUUCUAGCCGGGGGAGCUAUUCACAAGCCCAGAGAAAAUCUCCCUAAGGAGGCUGAAGCACUUUCAAUAAGAGUGUUGGAUGGGAUCACAUUGAUGUUGAAUAAGAUUCUCUUCAACUAGCUAGCAACUAGCUAGGGCAGCUAUUUCUAUGUCUGAUGGCUGGUUUUAAUUUGAUAAUCCAC